AUGCUCGGCCUCAAGAAGAAGCUCUCGGCCCUAGUUCCCACCGACGCGCGCUCCAGCCUCCAAAAGGCGCUGACGGUCGAGUGGGACGGGGGGCACAAAGCCGUGCUCGUCGACCUCGCGCCGCCGGAGGCGCACCCCGACGUCGAGAUGGCCGGCUUGAAGAAGCAGUACGGGCGCCUGCCGGACGAGGACGAGGAGGAGGCCAUGUUCCGCGCAUGGGAUGCGGCGGAGGAGGAGCGCGCGCGCCAGCGCGAGAAGGAGGCGCGCACCCGCCGCAUGGUGCAGGAAGCGCUUGGGGCGCCGCGCAAGGCCGAGAGCGUGCUCGGCCUCGACGCGAGCGACUUCCAGCCGCCGUCACCACGCGAACCCGCUGCGCGUCCGGAAGAGCGCCGGAGCAACAAUCCCUUUGCCGCGCCGUACCGCCACGACGAGGGCGUCGACGCGUACAUGCGCGAUCGGCGGCCCGCCGCGCUCGGCAAGACGUGGGCGUGGGAGGGGCGGAGCGGCGAGCCGAGCCCCACCACCAGCAGCGGGAGCCGCUCGAGCGGGUCCAGUGGCGACUUGGCAGCCCAUCCCGAGAACCCCUUCCGGUAA